AUGAGUAGCUUACGGUUCCUCGACCUCGUCAAGCCGUUUGUGCCGUUCCUCCCUGAGGUUCAGCAGCCGGAGACCAAGAUUCCCUUCAACCAAAAGUUGAUGUGGACUGGUCUGACGCUGCUGAUCUUUUUGGUGAUGAGCCAAAUGCCGCUGUACGGAAUUGUGUCGUCUGACACGUCGGAUCCUCUAUAUUGGCUGCGUAUGAUGAUGGCAAGUAACCGGGGCACCUUGAUGGAGCUUGGUAUCACGCCGAUUAUCUCCUCCGGAAUGGUCUUCCAGCUUCUGGCUGGCACCCACAUGAUUGACGUCAACCUCGACCUCAAGUCCGACCGCGAGCUGUACCAGACAGCUCAGAAGCUCUUCGCCUUCAUCCUCUCUGCUGGUACUGCCACGGUCUAUGUCUUCACCGGUCUCUACGGCCCCCCUUCUGACCUCGGUGCCGGUAUCGUCUUCCUGCUGAUCCUUCAGCUGGUUGUCGCUGGCAUGAUUGUCAUUCUGCUUGACGAGCUCCUGCAGAAGGGCUAUGGCCUUGGUAGCGGUAUCUCGCUCUUCAUUGCGACCAACAUCUGCGAGUCCAUCAUGUGGAAGGCUUUCUCACCGACCAGCAUCAACACUGGACGUGGCCCGGAGUACGAGGGUGCUGUCAUCGCCUUGUUCCACCUCUUGAUGACCUGGCCUAACAAGCAGCGCGCUCUUCAGGAGGCUUUCUACCGCCAGAACCUCCCCAACAUCAUGAACCUGCUGGCCACCCUCCUGGUCUUCGCUGCGGUUAUCUUCCUCCAGGGCUUCCGUGUCGAGAUUCCCGUCAAGUCCUCCCGCCAGCGUGGCGCCCGUGGUUCUUACCCUGUCCGCUUGUUCUAUACCUCCAACAUGCCCAUCAUGCUGCAGUCUGCUCUGUCCUCCAACAUCUUCCUCAUCUCUCAGAUGCUCUAUUCUCGUUUCUCUGAGAACCUCCUUGUCCGUCUUUUCGGUGUCUGGGAGGCUAAGGAGGGCUCCUCGCAGCUGUCUGCCGUCUCUGGCCUGGCCUACUACAUGUCUCCUCCCCUCAACUUCAAGGAUGCGCUCCUCGAUCCCAUUCACACCGCUGUCUACAUCGCCUACAUGCUUACUGCCUGCGCCAUCUUCUCGAAGACAUGGAUUGAGGUUUCCGGCUCUAGCCCUCGUGACGUUGCCAAACAGUUGAAGGAUCAGGGCCUUGUGAUGGCUGGUCACCGUGACCAGAGCAUGUACAAGGAGCUGAAGCGCAUCAUCCCCACGGCUGCGGCCUUUGGUGGUGCCUGCAUCGGAGCUCUCUCCGUUGCCAGCGACCUUAUGGGAGCACUUGGCUCCGGAACCGGUACCCUCCUAGCAGUCACAAUCAUCUAUGGCUACUUCGAAAUCGCCGCAAAGGAGGGCGACCUCUCUGGUAUGAAGGGGAUGAUUAUGGGCUAA